AUGCAAGGAGCUCACCGCAUUCUUCUGCCAAGAACCGGGGGCCUCCCUGGAGAAAGUCGGGACGAGCGGAUGAACUCACAUUCAUAUGGGAGUUCAUGGAGCUGCUCCAGAUACACGGAGGCACAGAAAGAGAAUAGUGAUCAAACACACUCUGAUCUGUGCAUCGUGGAGCCUCUCAUUGUUCUGUCAGUCAGCAUGGUUUUCUUAGCUGUGAUCCACAGCAGGGACAUUUCUGCUUGUGAAUGUCUAAAGAUGAAGGAGGACCAUCAGAGCCUCAUGUCUGUAACCAUGGUGAUGGUCCACGUGUUACUGAGUGUCUUCUUCCUUCCAGAUGUUUGGGCUGCUGCUGAUUAUUGUGGUGGUCUUAUACCAGCUGUCAACAUCACUACACCAAAUACGAUGGAAGCUCUGAAUGGAUCAUGCUUGCUAAUCCCAUGUAACUUUACAGCUGGUGAUACAUUUGACAGCAUCAGACAAACUUCUGGAUUUUGGAUUAAAGGUGAUAGUGAUAUUUACAGCAGCAGUAAUUCAGUGAAAUCAUUUCCAGUAAAUAUUACUGGAAACCUGACUCAGAGAGACUGCACCACUGUGUUUUCUGACCUGAAUAUGAGUCACUCAGGUGCGUACUUCUUCAGAAUCGAGAGCUCAUCUAGCAAAGGCACAGCUUGUGCCGAUCCUCAACAAAUAACAGUUAAAGUCAAUGCACGCAGCUCAUGUGUCGGUGGCAACAGAGCAGACGGAGGCAGAUCAGAACAAGAGAAAGCCGGUGUUUUGAUGAGGAACGACCCUCUUAGAACAAUCCCAGAUUCAGCCUGGAGACCCAGGAUUAACAUCUCAGGAGGUUUGGAGGACCUGAAGGAGAAGGAGUCUGUCUCUAUAACCUGCUCAGCUCCGACUCCCUGUCCACUCUCACCUCCUGAACUCACCUGGAAUCUCCAACCAGACUCUGACAGACAAACACAGAAGAACCCAGAUGGAACCUCUACAACUAAAAUCCAGGAGAACAUGACUCUGUCAGACACACAUGAUGGAUGCAACAUCACAUGCUCUGUCUCAUACCCUGUGGAUGGAGGAAAAUGUCUGAAUACAACAGAGACAGUGACUCUUCUUGUUUCCUAUGCUCCUAAAGACACCUCAGCAUCCAUCAGUCCAUCAGGUUUGGUGUCAGCAGGUAGCUGGGUGAAGCUGAGCUGCUCCAGCAGAGCCAAGCCUCCCGUCAGCAGCUUCAUCUGGUUCAGGAUCAGCUCAGAGGGACCCGUUCAAGUAUCUGAGGAGCAGCUUUACAGCUUCAACGUCUCUGAGGGAGGAGAGUUUUACUGUGUGGCUGCAAAUAAUCUGGGGAAUCAGACAUCAUCAAGGAUCAAACUAAGAUUGACCAGUAACACCCAAACUGGUGACCUCAACAGAUCCUGGGAGGGAAUUCUAGGUGGAGUCCUCGGCACGCUGCUCAUCUGUCUGAUUGUUGCUGUUUGAUGAGUCUCAGAUAUUAAACUGUAUAAAAUAAUCUGGCAAUUCACUGUUAUGCUGUUUCACAUUCAGAACCAGAGAUUAAGGUGAGAACAUGUUUAGCUUGUUUAUUCUCCAAACAUCUGGGUUCUAAAACAUCAGUUAUCAUCUUGGUCAUUUGUGAAACAAAGGCUGUUCAGGCUUCUUUAGUCAUUUUUAGUUUUACCGGCAGAAUCCAGAGAAUAAGCAGAUUUUAUAGAUGUCUUUCUUUGUGUUUCUACCUGAAACUCAGCAGAUUUCCUCUGACAGCUCUCUCAUGUCUUCCAGCUGCUUUAAGUUCAAACAUCAAACUCAACGACAGACUCAGAAUCAGACAGAUAAGGAGGUUUCUCCUCAGAUACCAGCAAGAGACACAGAUGUCCAUUAUGGAGACGUGACCUUCUUCAAGAGGACAUCUGAUGUCUCAUCUGCCUCAGAGCAGCAAAGAGGACAGCAGGAGGAGAUGGUGUACUCACAAGUUAAAGUGUCCAAACUACAAACCUAAAGGAUCUCUGAACUGCAGAACAUUGAGCUGUUUUUUAGAAUUACAUCAUUUAAAAAAUAUGCUAAUAUUUUCUAACUUACGUGGACAAAUCUGCAUGUGAACAUGAAAAAUCAGUAGAGCGCAAAACAGUGAUUUAACUUCUUUGGGACAAAUGUCGCCCCCUUGGGACCACUUCAUCAUAUUGCAUCAAAUUAAGAAAAUGCUCCACUAUUAAAUAAGAAAAUGUUAAUUAAAGGUCGUUAAUAAAAUAUUCAAACUAAAAUGCAUUGAAAUAUUAAAUUUACUGAACAGUCUGCCAGAGUUUAAACCAGCAGCAACCCACUUACUUACUUGAAAACAUUUUUAAUCAUCUUAUUUCCUUUUGAUGUUUGUCUUCUGCUCAAGUCAUCAUGGUCAUUUGUUGUCAUCUAGUGGUGAUGUGUUGACAUGACUACAUGCUCAUCGUCAGAAAAACAAAUACUGAUAUUUGUACACCAGUUUCUGGUGAAAGAUAAAUUUAGAAAAUGAAGAAUUUAAGUUUUUAUACCUUAUUUUU